GUCUUCAAGGCAAACAUCAGCACAUCACAAUGUCGACCGAGCGACUUCUGAGGUUUAUAUUCAUGUAUUCAUCACUAUCUCUAGCCUGUUCAAGUGACGAUAACUUCAAAUGGUUUGAUGUUAUGGGUGAGCACUACUUUACUGAUGUGCACCAACCGCACGUGACUUUCAGGGAGGCUAUAGAGAUAUGUUCUAGCCACGGUGGUUCUGUGGUGGAACAUAGCGACAAGGAGAAUAUGGUCAUAAUAUCCGAUUAUAUUUCAAUUCCCAUGUGGGCUAAAUACCCAGGAUCACGUUGCAGUGUGUUUGAACACACGGAUGGAUCUGCUUUUAUGUAUGACUAUUCCGAUGAUUCAGAAUUUAUUCUUCGAAUCGUUCCAAUGAAAUGUCAAGAACAAUUUCCAUUUGUUUGUAAAAAGGGCAUUGUACCUCGUUUUAACCAAAGUAUUGCAGAAGUGCUCAAUAGUUUGGACAAUUUGGAUCAGCGCACCUACAAAUGUGACGUGAUGAACCUGUUCUACCGCGGUGAUUGUCUUGUGACCAUCGAAACCCCACUGCCGUACGAUGCGGCUUCUAAAGUGUGCUCUUCUGCCGGUGGGUUCAUGAUGCAAGCCAGUGAUAAUGUUGAUUACACAUUACUGGACUAUGAGCUAGAGGCUCGAAAUUUUACCGGUGAAAUCUGGGUGGAAAUAUCCAGUCUUCUGGAUAAAGAGAUCACCGAUGAAACCUACGAUUGGUCUCCCUUUUCAUUCAAUCAAGAAUGUAAGAGUUACUCUAAGGGUAGCGUAAAGCGGACGAGCUGUGACAGCAGUCUUCCAUUUGUCUGCAGGAUUCCAGUGAAGGAAAUGUACAACUCUACCAAUCAGACAGACCACUUAAGACACCAUCACCACACCCAUCACAAGUGUCCGGGUCACCAGAUUCGAUACUUAGACCGUUGCUACAAAAUUCAUUCAGAGCACUACUACAGCUGGCAUCAUGCGAAAGAUUACUGCAAGAAACACAAGAUGGGAUUAAUGAUUAUCCACUCAUACGAGGAGUUUCAGUUUGUGAGGACACAUAUCGGGAAUAUAAGCAACAUAUGGGUCGGAUUGUACACAACGAAAACAGGACAAUUAAAAUCCUUGGAUCAUCAUAGCUGGAAUCUAACCAUGGAGUUAGCGGAGGUAAGCGAUGUGAACGAGACUCACACGAGAGAGUGUGGCGCUUUCGACAACGUCAAAGGCCAGUUGUCGUUUCAUGAUUGUAAGCUGAAAUGGAACUUCAUUUGUACAGGAAAACUCAGAGAAAAACAUCAUGAGAAAAAAAAUAUGCUUAUUGUCGCGAUAGUGGGCGGUGUCCUAGCAACAGCUAUUAUCGUAGGAUUGCUGGCUGUUAUUGUCUAUAAGCGAAGAAGGACAAUUUUAACUGGACGAUUAUAUAUUAACUCACGUUUUACAAAACUAAUGGAGGAACACUAAACAUUACUAUGCGUCUACAAUAUAUUGAUGUAUAUAUAUAUAUAUAUA